AUGAUGAGGUACCUAAUCCCCCUGUCCCAAAAAGGAAGAUUGGAAGACCUAGGAAAGAUGGGGGAGGCCAGCCUAUAUUUGACCAAUUCCCCUCAAGUUGGGCUUGAUAUACCAAGAAGGGAUGUUCCUCCUCCCCCUGUUUCAGAAUCUGGUGAUCAAGAUGGUGGUCCUAAUGUUAGUCCUAUGAAAAAGACUAAGAUAAUGGCAAGGAGAGGACGAAAAACUAAAGUUUCUGGAUCAAGGAACAAAACACCAAAGAAAACACCUAAUGGUAAGCAACAUAAGAGUCAAGCAAAGGAGGAUACGUCCUUAACCUGUGAUGAGGAUUUUGAUGAUCUUUUCAUCCAUACACCUAAUGGUAAACAACCUAUGAGUCAAGCAAAGGAGGAUGUUCAGGAACAAGAGAAUGACAAUGAGGUGAAGGUGAAUGAAAGAGUUACUUUAAAGGAGUUGCUGAUGUCUGGAUAUACACAUGCUGAUGCAAUGGCUGCUAUGAAAGAGCUAUGUGUUGUUACAUUAUUUUUGGCUUUCAUAUUGUAG